AUGGCUCGCCUUCCUUCUAUGGACUCUGAGCGCCCCAUGAUGUCCAACUCGAAUCGCACCUCGAAGCGCUUUUCCACCGUGAGUGGUAGCCCCUCGCUCGCCAAUUCCGAGCGCACCAUCGGAAGUCUGCCCAGCGGAGACCCCCGGGUCAUCGAUAUCACCAACUACGGUGACGGAGUCGAGCGCCUGGAAAAUAAGCCUCUGCAGAAGCAGCGCUUUGUGCCGACGCCAGAGAAGACGGACGACUUGAACAAGCUGGCGCUCGGGGCCAAGGUCGAGCGUGCGCUGGGUCGCAGGAUGACCAGCCAGGAUGCCGUGAUGCGCAAGCCCGUCUUGACCGAGAAGGCCGCUGCGGCUGCAAGCUCGUGA